UCUGCUCUCAAUGCACAAAGUAAUAAUGCAAUUACUGCCAUCUGCUCUUCAUACUCUGUUUCUGUCCAACCUCCCUCUUUGUCUUCUUUGUCUCCUUUCUUUCUCAAUCAGAUUCCUCAUUCGAAUUGAAUCUCCAACUCCAGGACCCAUCCCUCUUCCUUACUACCUACCUUACCAUCCAUCUCUAUACCCUUCCCUUCCUCUUUUCCCAUCCAUAACAUUUCACCAUGGCCACCGAAAUCGCCAACCAAGUCGUUCCCCCAUCAUCCAAGUCAUUGAGCAAUGGCGUCCUCCGCAAGAAGCUCCAGGGCUACGUUGGCUUUGCCAACCUGCCCAACCAGGUCCACCGCAAGUCUGUCAAGAAGGGCUUCAACUUCACCAUCAUGGUCGUCGGUGAAUCUGGUCUUGGCAAGUCGACCCUGGUCAACACUUUGUUCAACGCUCCCUUGUAUCCUCCCAAGGAACACGCCCCCCUCUCUGAGGAAAGUCCAAGAACUGUCGGUAUCCAGGUCUUGAGCACUGAUAUCGAGGAGAAUGGUGUUCGUCUGAAGCUCAACGUCGUCGACACCCCUGGCUUUGGCGACUUUAUCAACAACGAGGAGAGCUGGAAGCCCAUCCUUCAGACGAUCGAGGGCCGCUUCGAUGCUUACCUUGAGCAGGAAAAUAGGGUCAAUCGCAGCAAGAUUACCGACACUCGCGUCAAUGCUUGUUUGUACUUUAUUGCGCCCACGGGUCAUUCUCUCAAGGCUCUGGAUAUCGAGUUCAUGAAGAGAUUGCACAACAAGGUCAACUUGAUCCCAGUCAUCGCCAAGAGCGACACCAUGACCAACGAGGAGAUUGCUGCGUUCAAGGAGAGGAUCUUGCUGGACAUUGCCCAUCACGACAUCAAGAUCUACCAUGCCCAGCACUACGACUCGGAUGAUAUUGAAACCAUCAACGAGACCAAGGAUGUCAUGAGCAAGAUUCCGUUCGCUAUUGUCGGAUCGGACAAGGUCAUCGAGACCCCCGAUGGUCGCCAUGUCCGUGGCCGCAAGUAUCCUUGGGGCGUCAUCGAGGUCGACAAUGAGGAUCACUGCGACUUUGUGAAGCUGCGCCAGAUGCUGAUCCGCACACACAUGGAGGAGCUCAAGGAGUUCACGAACGAUAUCCACUACGAGAACUACCGUACAGAAAAGCUUCUUGGUAUGGGCUACCAGCAGGAUCACACUGUCUUCCGCGAGGUCGAUCCUAUCGCGAAGCUUGAGGAGGAGCGUGCGAUGCACGAGGCCAAGCUGGUGAAGAUGGAACAGGACAUGAAGCAUGUCUUCCAGCAGAAGGUCCAGGAGAAGGAGGCGAAGUUGACACAAUCCGAGGCAGAGCUGUAUGCGAAGCACAAGGAGAUGAAGGACGCACUCGAGAAGCAGCGCAUGGAUCUGGAAGAUAAGAAGAGGAGGAUCGAGCAGGGUCGCCCCAUUACUCCAGAGAAGACCAAGAAGAAGGGCUUUGGCUUUGCUGGAAAGUAAACAUACCCGUUGAUAUGCCCCUCAGAGUCUCAAACGUAGAUCUGAACAGAGAAAGCCUUGCUUUCUGUAACGUAUACCUUCCUUCACCAUACAUGUCCCUGUUGCGCGACAAGAGCAGCGAUGCUGCCAAAAAGGAAACCCCCCUUUUUUCAUGAACUCCUUGGUCUUUUUCAACUCUUUAUUACAUUAAUAAUUACUUUACGCCGACCAAAGCUUUAAUGAGUAAAAAACUAAACUUUUUUAUACACUUUUGACUCUGUUA